CCAGUAGGCUGCAGGGAUGACAGUGUGGGUGGGUGGGGGUGUGUGUGUGUGUUUGUGUUAUGUGGGUGCUUGUGUAGUGUGUGCGUGUGUAUGUGUGUGAGCUGACAGGUAGAAAGCUGCCGUCUCUCGGUGAGUUGCGGGCAAUGCGGUGAACAGAUUUUGGUAAAUAUUCAGACAUGGUGGUUCACUCCAGCAGCCAGAUGAACCAUGCCCACUAAACUUCGCUGCAGACUUGGAGCUCAGUGGUGAACGUGGGCGAAGAUACCGCAGGAACAAACGGGAAAUCCAACUGUCAGCUGGCCGGGAAAAGCCGAUCACACCACCCGGCUUCCGGGGAUUCAGGGGCCGCAUCGGUUGACGGCAGACGUCGGUCGGCAGCUCGGGGGGAAGAGGGCGAGCAGCCACAUCAUCGCCGACAUCUACCUCUCGGUUUCUGCCACUUUCCGAGAUGUCAAGGAAGCUUCAGAGGACAGAAGUCUGCGCCGACUGCAGUGCGCCAGACCCCGGCUGGACCAGUAUCAACCGAGGGGUCCUGAUCUGUGAUGAAUGCUGUUCAGUUCACCGCAGCUUAGGGCGUCAUAUCUCCAUAGUCAAGCACCUGAGGCACAGCGGAUGGCCUCCAGCACUACUGCAGAUGGUUCAGACCUUGGCCAGUAAUGGGGCCAACUCCAUAUGGGAACACAGUCUCCUGGACCCUGCUCAGGUGCAGAGUGGUCGAAGGAAACCCAACCCCCAGGACAAAGUCCACCCCACUAAGUCAGAGUUCAUUAGAGCCAAAUACCAGAUGCUGGCCUUUGUACACAAGCUGCCCUGCCGCGAUGAUGAUGGCGUCACCACCAAGGACCUCAGUAAGCAACUCCACUCCAGUGUGCGAACGGGCAGUUUAGAGACAUGUCUUCGGCUCCUGUCCCUCGGCGCUCAGGCCAACUUCUUCCACCCGGAAAAAGGCACUACCCCACUCCAUGUAGCAGCCAAGGCAGGCCAGAUCUUGCAGGCUGAGCUCUUAGUGGUGUAUGGCGCAGACCCUGGAGCACCCGACAUAAACGGACGUACGCCUAUGGACUAUGCAAGGCAGGCUGGUCAUAUAGAGUUAGCAGAGCGGCUUGUGGAGUGUCAGUAUGAGCUGACAGACAGGCUAGCCUUCUACCUGUGUGGACGGCGUCCAGAUCACAAGAAUGGCCAUUAUAUCAUUCCUCAAAUGGCAGACAGAGCUCGUCCUAAGUGCCCGACACAGAGCCUGGACCUGUCAGAACUGGCCAAGGCUGCCAAGAAGAAGCUCCAAGCGCUCAAUAAUCGGCUGUUUGAGGAGCUAGCGAUGGAUGUCUACGAUGAGGUGGAUCGCAGAGAAAAUGAUGCAGUGUGGCUUACGACCCAGAACCACAGCACUCUGGUAACAGAACGCAGCGCAGUGCCCUUCCUACCAGUCAAUCCUGAAUACUCUGCCACACGCAACCAGGGCCGUCAGAAGCUGGCCCGGUUCAAUGCUCGGGAGUUUGCCACUCUCAUCAUCGAUAUCCUGAGCGACGCUAAAAGGAGACAGCAGGGAAAAGGUCUCAGCAGCCCUACAGACACACUGGACCUGGGUAUUGAUGAUGACCAGCAUGACUAUGACAGCGUAGCAUCUGAUGAAGACACAGACAGUGAGCUAACCACCCAGAACAACAACAACACACAACGCAGCAACCGAGCAAAGAGUAUGGACUCGUCAGACUUGUCAGACGGUCCCAUCACCCUGCAGGAGUACCUUGAGGUGAAGAAGGCCCUGGCCUCCUCAGAAGCCAAGGUGCAGCAGCUCAUGAAAGUCAACAAUAACCUGAGCGAGGAGCUGCGGCGGCUUCAAAAGGAGAUCACACGGAUGCAGACAGAGAACAGUGCCCUGCGGGGCCAGCAGGCUGGGGGGGCAGCCGGCCAUGGGGUAGGGGCCAUGGGGGAGGGGAGGAGGCCACUGGCAAGGGGGGUGAUGCGAGGAGGAAUAAGUGGAGGGGGUCUGGGUGGGUAUGGGCCCGGAGCGGACACCCCGGGGCACUCUGUGCCCUCCUCUGUCGCUCCCCACCGGAGAGACCGCCAGGCCUUCUCAAUGUACGAGCCAGGGGCGGCCUCCGGCCCCAAGGUCCAUGGCCCCCCAGCCCUGGACUCCCUGGCAGCCCGCCUGCAGCCCCUCAACACACCCAGCGUAAGGAAGGGUAGCACAGGGGGUCCAGUGUCGUAUGGAAGCCAACAUCUGUCUGGAUCUACAGAGAUGGGCAGAUACAUGAUCUCCAAACCAGAGAAGCACGGCAGUGGCACAGACAGUGACUAUGACAACACACAAACAUAUGACCUCUCGCUAAGGUCAGACUCACGUAGGGGCCGCAGCAGUGAGGAGGAGGGUCGUGGGGAGUCUGAGGAAGGUGGGGGCGGGGAGACUUGGGAGCCAGACCCCACCCUGCCUUGUACAGAGGACGUCAUACUGAAGACUGAGCAGGUGACCAAGAACAUCCAGGAGCUGCUCAGGGCCGCCCAGGAGUUCAAACAUGACAGCUUUGUUCCAUGUUCUGAGAAGAUCCACACUGCUGUCACUGAGAUGGCCUCACUCUUCCCAAAACGUCCAGCGUUGGAUGCAGUCCACUGCUCCCUCCGGCUGUUGGCUUCCAGUGCCUCGCGGUUGCAGGUGGAGUGCCGCAAGGCGGUGCCCUCGGAGCCUGGGGCCCCUGCAGUGGACUACCAGCUCCUCACUCAGCAGGUCAUCCAGUGCGCCUAUGACAUCGCCAAGGCCGCCAAGCAACUGGUCACCAUCACCACUCGUGAGAAGAAACAGUGACCCAACAAAUGCAUGGAUGGAUGGAUUGAGAGGGAAGAGGAAGAAAGAACAGAUCAAUGCAUGGGGGGGCUGAGAGGGAACGGAGGGGCUUCUAGGAGAGUGAUGAAGACGGAUAAUGUGAUCACGCUAAAGAUGGGAGGACGGGAGUGACCGAGAGAGUGAUGGGCACGAUGAGGAAUGGAAAAGAAGAGAGAAGUUUGGAAAAUGCAUGGGAAAGGAAUCGGAUGGAAGCGCUCAUGGUUGAGUAGAAACACGAGGACUGAAAAAGGAGAAAUUCCACAAGUGUGGAAGUGAAAGCCGGGGAGGACGAGCGGGGGGAACCGACAUGGGAACUAGAGCGUGGAGCAACAGUUGGAAUCAGAUGUGUAUAAUAAACUGUUUAACUGUGAUGAGCAUAUGUGAAAUACAGAGGUGGUGAUGUACAGAGAACUGGAUCCUGAGGUGGUAACCGCUUUAUUUAUUCUCACCUGUCGGUUGUCAUCCCUCCCUCCCCGAUCGUGGUUGAGAGGGAGAGGGAGUGUAAGCUGCGAGAGCGGGAGGUCGACAGACCAACCACCGCAGACCGUGAUGUACCCCAAACCACUGCAGCCCCUCCGUCCUGUGAUGAGUCAGGACGUUCCUCCUCUGCUUUCCUCUCCCACCUGCUCCUUUGACCCUCUCUCUCUUUCUCUCUCUCUCUCUCUCUCUCUCUGGCCAAUGAAAACACAAGGCCCCUCUUGUCUCCUAUCCCGUCCCAUACAGGAUGAGCUCUCGCUGCAGAGAAGGACCCCCUGGCAUCCAUCUAACGUAACCCUGCUCCACACCCCAGAUACCUUUUCCUGGGUUAACUUUUACAGGGGGUUCCUGCUCUCCUCCGACCUGUCACCCCCGUCUCUCUCUACAUUGUCGGUGGUACACAGCGUGAUCUGGCAUGUUUGAAUUUCUUUCCUCUCUCCUCUUUUUCUUUGUUUUUUUCGCAGAUUGGUUUGGUCUGCACCUCUGAGGACAAACCUUACUGACUUACAAAAAACAAAACACUUACACUGGAAUAAUUGUGAUUUAUUAUUGUUUAUCAUGCCAAUUGUUUUUUUUGUUUUUGUAUUGAUAUUUUUACUGACUGUCGUCUUGAUUUAACUGUUUAUGUAUGUUUUAUUUCAUUGUCUCAAUAUGAUUCUCAUUUAUUGGAAUAGGGAGACAGGUUGGUAAUGUGCUCAACCUCUUACUGGGAUUUAAACCAACAUGCACACGUAAAGAAAAGAAGAAAAACCUGUGAAAUGGUCCUCAACAUUUCUCCCACGCUCUGUUUUUGGGUGACGGUUGAGGUUUUUUUCUUCAUGUCGUAAUUUGUCCUGUGGCCAAGGGGUUGAAAAGUUGCCAAAGGGGAGUUGGAUUUUUGGGAGAUAAGUUUUAGAUUUUCUGUCAGAUUGAAAACCCCUUGGUGCAUUAUGACGGGAUCUGGAUCAAAAUGCUCUUUUGGUGUUUACUCUUUUAUUUGCCUCUUCUAAUAGAACUAGUGGAAUCAUCUCAGAAUCUCAUACUAACUUUUUUUGCCAAGCAGGAUGAUAAAAAUCAAGUGCACCAUUUGGUCCAGCUUGGGUACGAGGAUGAAUCCUCCUGUGUUGGUUUUAAAGCCGUAGGUUACUGACGAGGCUGGCGUGCUUCCUGGGUGCUUGUUUUGCACGGCAUACAUUAUUUACAUUAAUGAUAACAAACGCUGAGUCAAACGUUUGUUGACAUGCUUGUUGGAGAUACUGGUAGGUUGCAGUCAAAGCUAGUGUUGGUAAUCCUGGAAAAGCUAGCAGCAUGCUACAUUUGGGAAGCGAUCCAUUUCACCCCCUUCCAUCGGCCCUCUCAUCAAAGCGCACACUGUUUGACAACUGCUAGAAGACAACUUUUUUGGACUGGCUCGUUAACUUCUAGCUGUAGCCUCUGCUUCAGCGGUGCAUGUCUCCGCUGCUAAAGACUCAUGCACAACGAGAGCACAGGCAGGGUGCAUGCAGGGAGGCAGGUUGGUUAGUAGACAGGUACGCCAGCCAAUCAUAUUGUGCUACAUGUUAUACGAGGGCCGUAGACUCCGGCUUUUUUCUCUUCUUUUUUUCAAACAACUAUUUAUUGAUGGCUUUCGGGAUGUGAAGAGGAUUUCAACAAAUAAAGAUGGAAAGGUCUUUUAGAAACAAAUUACCAACCCUACCUUGAAGCUUUAGGUCGACCUGUGGAAAGCACCAGAUCGAGUCAACUGGAGAAAAAUGUGCUCAUUUGAAGUCAAUUUCUGAAACCUCAGAGUGCGCUUGAUUUACUUUGCCAUGUGUUACUUUCACUGUGGCGAGCACAAACAAGCCCACAGCCACUGUAGUCCGCUUGGUUCUGUGUCGCGGCCUGCUGACUCGGGCCUCAGAAGUUUUAACUUCUAGCUCACCAUGUCUCAUGGGAGACAGCAUUGGGAACAAAGUAGUGUUUUUUUUGUUUGCUUUUCAAAGAUGGCGCACUUAACCUAUUGUAGGUUAAAACAUUGUUCUGUGCCGAUGUGGUCAUACCUGUAACUAAGGUUUCAGAUGGGAUCUAGUAAAAGUCUUUGCCAGGAAGACUGUCCUCUUCUUUGUUUAAAUUCACCUCUUACCUUUCUCCAAUGAUUCUUCAGCUCUUUUCUCAAAGUGUCUGCAGCUCUCAGACUUGGUUCUUGCAUCGACCUCUUCUGCAUAAUCUUGGCUCGUCGCUCCGAAGGAUUCUGCGCAUUUAGAAAUUCACCUUCCUGAAACGAUGGCGUCGUCCUUCAAACAGCAUUUCAAAUAAAACACUGAGAUGCGCGAUCUCAGUGUUUUUUUUUGUCUUCCGCUGCCUUUUAGCAAGAAGCAAUUAAACCCCAACUUGUCCCAAACACUUUGAGAAACUGAUGCCAGACCGCCUUCAGCACUUCUCUGUCCACUUAAUUCACAUUCAGUCUUUCGCUUUUCCUCCCCUGAUCGUCACUUGGGGCGUCUGCCUGUCGGUGCUCCUCAGUGUCUCGUGCAGUUUCGUCUCUGCAGGACAAAGUUUGAAAGUUUUCUCUGUUCCCUGUCAAAACAAAUCAUGUCCGGAAGACUCUUGAAAUGUAUCAUUGUUUGAUAUUGAAUGCCUUUGCACAUCAUCAUCAUCAUCUCCUUUUAUGACUGGCUGAGUUACAGUAAUGUUUUACUGACUGCUGAAACUACAGAAAUACUUGCACACACACAAACACACAUUGGGGCCAGCAGAAAAGCUUGUCCCCUCAAUCAUGAUUGCCCAAGUUUUAGAGUAGAGCCAUAUAUAUGAACGUAUAUUUUCAUGCUAUAUUUUAUAUUAAGCUAUAUGUUAGGAUUAUGUUUGUGAGAUAUUUAUGUCUAUUUGUAGGCUCAAGUGAGCUUCAGGCCAAAUCUUCACUCUCUCUUCCUCCGCUCUUAACUCUUGACACACCGAAUGUUACGUCAUCGAUACUUGUGGGUGUGGUUAUCCUGAGGAAACACCCCCUCAUGUGUCAGCAAAUACUGAUCCUAUUACAAUCCACAGGAAAUGAGAGCACAUGUUUGAUUCAGGUGUGGUCUCAGUUGCACUAUUUUCAAACACCAGCUGGGUGAAGUAGGAUCUACAUGAUGCACCUCUCUUCCAAAGGUUUUAUUUCAGGUACAUGAGGUGCAGGAUGCAGCGGUGUGGUGUGGGAGGGGGCAGAUAGAGCGGUCUGAAGCGCACUUUAGCUUAGCACUACAGUCAUCUCAAAACAAGGGGGAGAGGGUCUAAAAACGCACACAGCCUCAGCCUCCCUGAUAUGUAUGGACACUACGUAGGGUGCCUCCAGUGUGAAUGUUAUUGCUUAUUUGUCCAACAUCAAACACACACCCUCACACACUUCUCAGUUGGACCAAGCCUUCCUACAAGUACAAACAUUACGUUUGCAGCCAGUGAAUUAUACACACACACAAACACACUUCUGAUACUCAGCCAUUGGCAGUGCACCGUGGCCCGCACUGUCGAUGUCCCCAUGUUUCUUCACAGCGCUACACUUUGGGAGAUGGGUGACGGGGAGAGUUAUCUUUUAAAAGAAGACAUUAAAACUGUAUAAAGUAGAGAAAACAAUGACUUAAAAAGGUCAAUCGUAAUGGAAACUCAUAAGCUGUACAUUUGUAAUAAAAUUUAAAAAACAA